AGGGGCAAAGGUCAAGCUUUAUCAGAUCACGUAAAUCAAGGCUUUGCAAAGGAAAGUAUCAAACAAGCGUUUCCUUCAACUAAGACGCAAUGAUGAACGUGGUGGGUCUCUUAUUUGUGCCGUUGCUCCUGGCGCCGGGGGUAUUAACGCUGGAGAGCAACAGAGCGGAGCAUGACUACUACAAGUACCAUCCAAUGGAGAAGAUCAGCACCUGGAUGACUCAGAUGGAGAAGGAUCACCCCGAUGUGGUGACCAUAGUGGAUUAUGGGAAGACUUACGAGAACAGGACUAUAAGCUUGCUGAGGAUUGGUCUGAAAACUGAAGCCAAAAAAAAGGCCAUCUGGAUGGACUGUGGAAUUCACGCUAGAGAGUGGAUCGCUCCGGCCUUCUGUCAGUACUUUGUCAGACAGAUUCUCCAGACAUAUAAAACAGAUGCUAAAAUGGAAGCAAUGAUGACGAACAUGGACUUCUACAUCACGCCGGUGCUCAACAUAGAUGGCUACAUGUAUUCCUGGAAGGACAACUCAACCCGACUGUGGAGGAAGAACAGGUCACCAGGACCUUCAGGCGGCUGCUACGGCACCGAUCUCAACCGCAACUUUGAUGCCAACUGGGGCACCGUUGGGGUGUCGUCUGACUGCUCCUUUAACAUCUACUGUGGGAGAGGGCCCAUCUCAGAGCCCGAAGCCCAGGCCGUAACUUAUUUUGUCGGAAGCCGAAAGGAAGACUUCCUGUGUUUCCUCACCAUCCACUCCUACGGCCAGCUGCUCCUGGUUCCCUACGGACACCCCAACUUCACCGCCCCCAACUAUGAGGAGCUGAUGAAUGUGGGAAAGGGUGCAGCUGAAGCCAUUUGGAAAGUCCAUGGGAAAAACUACACAGUAGGAACCUCCCCGGAUGUAUUAUAUGCCAACUCAGGUUCAUCUAGAGACUGGGCUCGAAUGCAGGACAUCCCCCUGACCUUCACCUUUGAGCUGAGAGAUAACGGAACGUACGGCUUUGAACUCCCCGAGGACCAGAUCCAGCCGACCUGCGAGGAGGCCUACCAUGGGGCUCUGCACAUCAUCACCUACGCCCAUGACAAGACCUUUAGCGGUGCGGCAGCCGCUGCUGCAGCAACCCUUUGGACCAUGCUGUUAGCGGUGGGGGUCUCCGGGGCCAACCUGCUGUGAGGAGAAAAGCUGCUCUCAAACUAUAAAUAGAAGGAGUUUCUUAUAUUUGAGCAGAACCUGUGAUUAUAUUUCACUAAAUAUUUCUUUGUUUUUAAGUUUAUUAGGAUACAAUGACUGCAAAAUAUAUUGCAUGAGUAACUAAUAAAUUUUUACUACACACUGA